UGGAAACGCCUUGGAGAGGAAGAGUUAGAAUCCGGGGGGAGAGGCAAUAGCCGACAUUUUCAAUAUAUAUAUAUAUUUUAAGAAAAGGACAAAUAAAAGCCUCCAUAGAACCUCAAAUCGUUUUUUGAAGCCAGUAAAGCCGAGACGGUCGAUAGCAGAAUUUCGUUUUAACGAGAUUUCCUUGGCCAGUGUUGAAAUACAUUAUUUUUCAGCCAUGGGGAAUGCUUUUCAGUCCCUCUUCAGAGGCUUGUUUGGUAAAAAAGAAAUGCGAAUUCUUAUGGUGGGUCUCGAUGCUGCUGGAAAGACAACAAUUUUGUACAAACUUAAACUUGGUGAAAUUGUAACUACUAUUCCCACUAUAGGUUUUAAUGUAGAAACUGUAGACUACAAGAACAUUAGCUUCACAGUGUGGGAUGUAGGUGGUCAGGACAAAAUAAGACCCCUCUGGCGUCACUACUUCCAGAACACACAAGGGUUGAUCUUUGUGGUGGACAGUAAUGACAGAGAAAGGGUAAAUGAAGCCAGGGAAGAGUUAAUGCGAAUGCUGGCAGAAGACGAGCUUAGAGAUGCUGUCCUCUUAGUAUUCGCUAACAAGCAGGACCUUCCAAAUGCAAUGAAUGCAGCAGAAAUUACAGACAAGCUUGGACUACACUCUCUUCGUCACAGGAACUGGUACAUCCAGGCAACAUGUGCCACCAGUGGGGAUGGUCUAUAUGAAGGACUAGACUGGUUAUCCAAUCAGCUUCGAAGCCAGAAAUAACUCCUUUCCCACCCUUAUCUAUCUCUGUUUCCUUCCCCUUCUCCUGCUUUAUUCUCUGAUGUGGCAAACUGUGCUACUUUUUGGUAUUGAGUGCUGGAAGCUGACCUCAUUUUAAAUUGUCACGAUGUGUAUCAAGCUACACUUUUUUUAGUUUUGGGGGAGUGUGGAGGGACAAGUUCGAAAGCAAAGUUAUGUUUCUUAUUUAAUGUAAAUAGUCCUUUUUUGUAAUGAGUCAGUUUCUGGCACUCCUAUGCAAUAUUUACUCAGCCUUCUGGUGUUUAUUUUUUUGGUAAAAACUUUGACUGACGUACAUGUAUGUAGUACUAGAAAGGGGAUUUAAGAUACUUUCUCAAAUGCCCAGUACAUAUUUCUUAUGGUUGUGCAAUGGAGCCCUUUUGUCACCCUCUGGUGUGUGAUGUCUGUGUGGAGAUUUUUAAUUGGGUGUUUGUUUUUAACCUAAAGUACUGUAUGACUGGUGCAGUCUUGUAUUUUAUCAAACACUGAAACAUAAAGAGCCAGAUAUAUAAACAUAAAUGCACAGAUAUACUACUCAAAACAAGAGUUUAAUUUAAAUGUCCUAAUUAGUCAUGGUUUGCAUUUGUAAAUUAUAAAUACCUGGCAUUCCCUGUCUUGUAUUGUGUAGUUACUAUGUAAUAAUUUGACUCCAGUCUGUAACACCAAUGCCAUAAAGUGUCAAGCUAAAGGCAGUUGAGACAUUACUUUUACUGAGAUGUGCAAUUUUUAGACUGAAGAAAGGGGCUUGCACUUGCAUGUUUUUCACCCACUACCAUACAGAGGUCAGAUUGAACUGAACAUAGGCAUGGUGGAAAAAGAAAGUAAUUGUAGUAAGUGUAGAAACUGAACGUAGUUUAGCCCCAAAAUGUAGUUGCCAUAUACCACUCCAGAGAAAAGACUUUACCAGCAGGCCACACAGCUUACGCUUUUCCUGGCUCUAUUCUGCAAGAGACAGUAGUACUGUACCUCAGUUACUGGAUACCUUGUGGUUAAAUAAAGCCUAACACCUUUUAUAAAUAGUGUGUAAGAAUAAAAGAAAGAAUGUUUGCAAGUCAUUCCAUUGUAGUCUUAUGCAAAACAUUACAACCGUAACCCUGUGUCUCCAUUAAAAUGUAGUUGAGUUGACAUCGAUCAUGCUGCAAGGUCAGAUUUGCAUUCUCAAAGGUCUCUUUUUUUUUUUUUUUUUUUUUUUUUUUUCACUUGAUCAUCACUGAAGAUGAUAGAAUUGUCUGAAAUUAAUUUGUGGGUCUAUAUCAGCGGGUUUGUUUCAUGGUAUAGGGUUCGUCCCCUGCCCCCCCCCCAAUCAAUUGCAGAAAUACCAGUCAUUUAUGUACUCUUGUUUUUUUUUCAUUGACAGUAAUUAAAGCUUUUAGAAUAAAAUAGCUUAAGGUGUUCCAAAGCUCAUUUAUUUGUUCUAUGAUUAUUUCACUCCUACAAAUGUUCAAGAAUAAAAAGCCAUGAUAAAAUGCCUGGUGCUACCUCAUAGAUUAUUGUUAGUG